AUGGCAUCUGCACACAUUGUCUUCUAUCUGAUAUGUUUGUUCUUGGGUGUAAUUGCUCAGAAGAACAACAUGCAUUUAUCCUCCUCUGUUCAUGAAGAAGCACGUUUUAUAUCAGCUAAAGCUGGAGACAGAGUGACUUUACAUUGUUACUAUGAACAGAAUGUUGCUGCAAAUUUUUACUGGUAUAAACAAACUUUAGGAGAGAAACCAAAACUCAUUUCUACCUUCUAUGAGACAGAAACCAAUUUUGUGCAAUUUCAUGAUCCAUUCAACAAUAAUGCACGCUUCAGACUAGAUAAUGGAAAAGGAAAUAAUCAUUUGAUUAUCUCAGACUUAAGUGUUUCAGACUCAGCAACUUACUACUGUAUAUUUUCCUAUUUCUACACAUUAAUGUUCUUAGAGACCAUUAUUGUCAGUGUCAAUGAUUCAGAUUUAAACAUACGAGCUUCAGUUCAUCAGUCAGCAUCUGAGACCAUCCAGCCAGGAGGCUCUGUAAGUCUGCACUGUAUGGUGCACACUAUGCUGAGCUGUGAUCGAGAACACAGUGUUUACUGGUUCAAAGACUCUGAAGAUUCUCAGCCAGGACUCAUUUACACCCAUGGAGUCAGGAAUGAUCAGUGUGAGAGGAAAGACAACAAAAGAACACACACCUGUGUCUAUAACUUGAGAAUGGAGAGCCUGAAUUUCUCUCACGCUGGGAUCUACUACUGUGCUGUCGCCUCAUGUGGACACAUACUGUUUGGAAAUGGGACCAAGCUGGACUUUGGGGGAUUUACAGUUCGGCGAGAUUCUCCUUCCCUGAUGUAUUUCUUAAGCGCAGCUUUAACACUCACCACCAUCAUCAGUGUGUUAUCAACUUUUUUAGUGUAUAAGAUGAAAAGAAAGAACAACUGCCAAUCCAGAGGUAAAAGCUUGGUGUGUUUGGAGCCCUCUCCUGCCUGUCUUCCUGCCCGCCUGGAGUUUGGAUCACUACCGGUACUCAUCUCCUCUAUUUUCCUGGAGCUCCCCCGCGGACCCUCACCCUCCCUCCAGUUCCCACAGCCCCGCCUUGACCGUAGUACUCUACCCCACGUAUGCUCUUAUUUCCCCGUUCCCCAGUAA